CUCGCCUUCUUGGUCCUCAGCAAUCGGCAAUCACCAUCUCCCAUUCUCCCGGUUCCUGCGUUCUCAAACCCACGCCAUUCACGCCAAGAUCUAAUUGGCAAUCGCCAUCUCUGUUCCGGCAUCACCAAUCGACAAUCACCAGGUUUGUUCAUUCUUUUUUGUUGCUAAUUAUUAUUCUUUUAGAUGCAUUACUACCCAAGGGCCAUGGCCGACGAUCAUCACAGCUCAUUGCCGCAUCAGUAUGGAGCUUGUCGUCAUCCCCAUUCCCGAGCAGCAGCAGCAACAAUCCCAAGGAGCUGUUAAUAUUAUACGAAGUAGUCUUUAAUUUGUUAGAUGAGGAAGGAUCAGAUCAGGCCAUAAGAUAUGGUGCAGUAUAACUUUAAGAAGAUCACCAUUGUUCCCAAUGGGAAGGAUUUUGUGGAUAUCAUUCUCUCUCGCACGCAGAGGCAGACACCCACUGUUGUUCACAAGGGCUAUGCAAUAUCCCGCAUCCGUCAGUUUUAUAUGCGCAAAGUUAAAUAUACACAAACGAAUUUCCAUGAAAAGCUUUCCACCAUCAUCACUGAGUUCCCCAGGCUUGAUGAUAUCCAUCCUUUCUAUGGGGACCUGCUCCAUGUCCUCUAUAACAAAGACCAUUACAAGCUUGCCCUUGGCCAAAUAAACACCGCAAGGAAUCUGAUUUCUAAAAUUGCAAAGGAUUACUUGAAGAUGUUGAAGUAUGGUGAUUCACUGUACCGUUGCAAGUCUUUGAAGAUUGCUGCUCUGGGACGCAUGUGUACUGUGCUAAAGCGAAUCACACCCAGUCUAGCUUAUCUUGAGCAGAUCAGGCAGCACAUGUCGAGAUUGCCUUCGAUUGAUCCAAACACAAGGACACUCUUGAUUUGUGGGUACCCAAAUGUUGGCAAGAGCUCUUUCAUUAACAAGAUCACAAGAGCAGAUGUGGAUGUGCAACCAUAUGCUUUCACCACGAAGUCCUUGUUUGUGGGUCACACUGACUACAAGUACCUGAGGUAUCAAGUCAUUGACACUCCAGGAAUAUUGGACAGGCCCUUUGAAGAUCGUAAUAUCAUUGAAAUGUGCAGUAUUACGGCUUUGGCUCAUCUGAGAGCUGCCAUUUUGUUUUUCAUCGACAUUUCUGGAUCUUGCGGUUACACUAUUGAACAGCAAGCUGCUUUGUUCCACAGCAUAAAGUCCCUCUUCUUGAACAAACCCUUGGUCAUAGUUUGCAACAAAACUGAUUUGCAGCCUUUGGAUGGGAUAUCUGAGGAAGACAAGAGGUUGGUCAUGCAGAUGAAGGAAGAAGCUAUGAAGACUGUGAUCGGACAAGGCGGGGAGCCCACAGAUGAUCAAGGAGUGCUUUUGACUAUGAGCGCUUUGACCGAAGAAGGCGUGAUUUCGGUGAAGAAUGCUGCUUGUGAGAGGCUGUUGAACCAAAGGGUUGAGGUCAAGAUGAAAUCAAAGAAGCUAAACGACUGCCUAAACCGUUUCCAUGUUGCGAUCCCAAAACCUCGUGACCAGAAAGAAAGGCCUCCGUGUAUACCCAAGUCAGUGCUGGAAGCCAGAGCAAGGGAAGCAGAGGAAGUUGCAGAGAAAGAGAAGAGAAAGCUUGAAAGGGAUCUUGAGGCUGAGAAUGGAGGUGCAGGUGUGUACUCUGCUAAACUGAGCAAGCACUACAUCUUGGCUGACGAGUCCUGGAAGGAUGAUAUAAUGCCAGAGAUUCUUGAUGGACACAAUGUGUAUGACUUCAUUGAUCCUGAUCUCCUGCAAAGGCUGGAGGAAUUGGAGAAAGAAGAAGGGCUUCUGCAAGAGCAAGAAGAAGGUGAUGGUGAUUUCGAGAUGGAUGGUGGGCCCGAGCUGACACCCGAAGAAAAAGCUGCAUUGGCUGAGAUCAGGAGAAAGAAGAGUGUGCUGAUCCAACAACAUCGGAUUAAGAAGAGUACUGCAGAGAGUAGACCAGUAGUGCCAAGGAAAUUCGACAAGGACAAAAAGUUCACCACAGAGAGAAUGGGAAGGCAGUUGUCUAACCUUGGACUUGAUCCUACCCUUGCAGUCAACAGGGCUCGCAGUCAAUCAAGGGGCCGAAAAAGGGAACGGUCCGUUGUUGGGAAAGAUGACUCAAUGGAUGUGGAUGGUGAUGAGGAGACUCCCAAGAAGAAGUUGAGGGUGUCAUCUAGAUCUAGGUCUAGGUCAAAGUCCAGGCCUCCAGGUGAAGUGGUUCCUGGGGAGGGCUUCAAAGACUCUGAACAGAAGCGUAAGGCCAUUAUUUUGGCUAAGAAAUCUUCAAAGAAGAGGAACAAGGAUGCUCGCCGCGGAGAAGCUGAUCGCACCAUUCCUAAUCUGAGACCAAAGCACUUGUUUUCUGGAAAGCGUUCUAUCGGGAAAACACAAAGGCGUUAAGGUUAUGAGGUUUGAACGAAGUUUUGCAAAGUUUAAACGAAUCAGUGUAUGGAUUUCUUUUUAUUUAAAUUAUUUCGCGUUGGCUAUGAGACUUAUUCAAUGCUACUUUGUUAUAUUUCAGUUUCAGAUACUUACUAUGAUCAUUCCGGGUGUAAUUUUGAUGGAUUGGGUUUUUGUUCUUUUAGCUCACUCUGCUGCUUUGUCUGUCAUCAACAAUGUAUUCGAUUUGACAUUAAAUAGUUUUGAUUUAA